AUGGAUUUCGACUUCUCAUUAUUCUUCAUUACUGUCGUUUCCUUCUUUUUUCUAGCAAAGUUUUUUAGAGUAAUUACCCGAUCCAUACCCGAUCCGAAUACGAAUCUUCCUCCGGGGCCGAGGAAGCUGCCGCUGAUCGGGAACUUGCACCAGCUGAUCACAACUUCGAAACUUCCACACCUGUUCUUGAGUGACUUGGCCGAAAAAUAUGGACCGGUGAUGCACCUACAGCUCGGCCAAGUUAGCACCGUCGUGAUUUCCUCGCCCGAAGCCGCGAAAGAAAUCAUGAAGACGCAUGAACUCAACUUUUUUAACAGACCGGUAACCAUUGCGACCGAUAUUGUACUUUACAACCACUCGGAUUUGGUAAUGUCGCCAUACGGCGAAUACUGGAGACAAAUGCGCAAGUUCUUCACAGUGGAGCUGUUGAGCGCGACACGAGUCCAAUCAUUCCGCGCUUUAAGAGAACAAGAGUUUACGAAUCUGUGCGAAUGGAUCGCGUCUAAAGAAGGUUUGUCGAUCAACUUGACAGAGAAGAUCGGAUUCACUACUUGUGAAAUUGUAAUUCAGGCGUCGCUUGGGAAAAAGAGCGACGAACUAAGAAAAUUCACCGCCAUAGCCAACGAGAGCGCCGAGCUAAUUGGUGUUGGACUCAAUCUCGCGGAUUUCUAUCCUUCUAUCAGUUUUUUUCGACAAUUCAACACGAUAAAAGGCAAGGUAGAGAGGCUGCACAAAAAGGCGGAUAAGAUACUCGAAAAGGUUAUCAACGAACACAGAGAAACAAAAUCAGAGGAUGAGUUGAAACAGCACGAAGAUUUCGUAGACGAUCUUCUGAAGUUUAAUGAUUCGGGAAACCAAAUACAGCUAACGGACGACAAUAUAAAAGCCGUCUUACUGAAUGUGUUUGUCGCCGGAAUUGAAUCAUCCUCGAUGACUACGGAUUGGAUUAUGGUGGAAAUGCUUAGGCGCCCGAGUGUCUAUAAGAAAGCGCAAGACGAGGUAAGAAUGGUUUUCAAGGACAAGGGAUUUGUCGAUGAGUCUUGUUUCGACGAGCUCAAGUAUCUAAAGUUAGUAAUAAAAGAGUCUCUAAGGAUCCAUACGCCGAUAUCCAUAAUGCUUCCGAGAGAAAGUAUGGAGGAGUGUGAAAUCUUCGGAUACAAAAUACCCCGAAAAACUCGAGUCUUGGUGAAUGCAUGGGCGAUUGGAAGAGAUCCCAAGUACUGGAAAGAACCUGAUAGUUUUAUCCCUGAGAGAUUUCUUGAUAAUCCGGUCGACUUUAAAGUGAACAACUUCGAAUACCUUCCCUUUGGCGCCGGAAGAAGGAUUUGCCCCGGAAUAUCAUUUGGCCUCGCUAAUGUCGAGCAUGCUUUGGCGAUGCUUCUCUACCACUUCGAUUGGGCUUUGCCCGACGGAAUGAAACCCGAAGAUUUGGACAUGGCCGAAGCCGCGGGCCUUACGUUGAGAAGGAAAGAACCAUUGUAUGUGAUUCCGAGAGUGAAGAUACCUUUGUCCCGUGUGGUAUGA